AUGUCCCCCAAACCCCUCAUUACACAUCUCUACACCGCAGACCCAUCCGCUCACGUCUUCAACAACAAACUCUACAUCUAUCCCUCCCACGACCGGGAAACAGAUAUCCAAUUCAACGACAAUGGCGACCAAUAUGACAUGCAAGACUACCACGUCUUCUCCAUGGACUCCCCAACCAGCCCAGUAACAGACCACGGGAUCGUCCUCUCAGCAACCGAUGUCCCAUGGGUAUCGAAACAGAUGUGGGCGCCAGACGCAGCAACCAAGAACGGGAAAUAUUACUUGUAUUUCCCUGCUCGCGAUAAGGAAGGCAUUUUUCGCAUUGGUGUUGCUGUUUCCUCUACGCCAGAGGGCCCUUUCUUACCGCAGAAUGAAUAUAUCCGCGGUAGUUACAGUAUUGAUCCCGCUUCUUUUGUUGAUGAAGAUGGGAAGGCUUAUUUGUAUUUUGGUGGAUUGUGGGGUGGACAAUUGCAAUGUUGGAAGAGUGAAGAUGGUGAGAUGGUUUUUGAUGCUUCGAAGUCUGGACCUCAGGAACCGACUGGUGUUGGUGUUAAGGCGCUUUGUCCGCGUGUUGCUCAGUUGUCGGAUGAUAUGCUUUCGUUUGUGGAACCGGCGAGGGAGGUGCAGAUCUUGUUGGAUGGGAAGUUGAUUGAAGCGGAUGAUCAUGAGAGACGAUUCUUUGAGGCGGCGUGGAUUCAUCGGUAUAAUGGGACUUAUUAUUUUUCCUAUUCGACUGGAGAUUCGCAUUAUUUGGUUUAUGCGACGGGGACUUCACCUUUUGGACCAUUUACCUAUCAGGGACGGAUUUUGGAACCGGUGCUUGGCUGGACGACGCAUCAUUCUAUUGUUGAGUUUCAGGGGAAGUGGUAUUUGUUUUAUCAUGAUUGUGAAUUAUCUGGUGGUGUUGAUCAUUUAAGAUCUGUUAAGAUGCGAGAGAUUGUUUAUGAUGAUGACGGAAAGAUUCAUCUGGCUUAA